UCCUUCCUCUACAAUCUUGUUAGAUUGACAUAACAAUCCGCCUCCGACCUUACCUUCAUCUUGUUGUAAGAACUAAAAGCAUCCAAACCUAUUUAGCAAUCCCAUAGCAACGACACAAUUACACAAAGAGAAAAGGGUAAGCAGGGCAGGCAGCUAAAUUACAAUCAGUUGUGACCUUCACCGAUCUUUCCUCCACAUUGGUUCAUAUGUCUUUUACUUUAACUCCAAUUUCAUUCUCUAUUACCCUACACCAACAAAUCAAAUCAAAAUACCUUUCUUUCAUUUAUCUCCCCAACUUAAUUUUUUGUUUUCUUUUUUAACGUCAUUGUUACCGUACAUCUCCACUUAAUGUAAUCUCGCAUCCCAUUGCAUUAUUGCAUUGCACUGUAUCUAUCUGUAUGUGCCCUCCCUACCUUUUCCUCCUCUUCUGUUGUUUUAGCCUCACAUAUAUUCAUUUGUGCAAACCUGCUGCUACACAAACCAUACUCAUCAUCAUUGAAAGAGGGCUGCUGCACUGCACCAAAUACAUUUUCUGUCUCACUCAUUCUCAUCUAUCAUAUAUAAACAAAUUAAAAAUAUGGGUUUCUGGACAUUGUUCGAGGUUGCUGCCAUGCCUAUCUUGCAAGUACUUAUAAUCAGUUUGUUAGGCGCUUUCCUGGCGACUGAUUACUGCAAGCUUUUCCCAGAAGAUACGCGCAGAUCCUUGAAUAAGCUUGUGUUCGUUGUGUUUACACCCUCGCUCAUGUUUGCAAGUCUGGCCAAGACCGUCACUCUCCAAGACAUUAUUUCAUGGUGGUUUAUGCCUGUAAACAUGGGAAUCACCUUUCUAGUGGGAGGAAUUGUGGGAUGGUUUGUGGUUAAGAUACUGAGACCAAAGCCCCAUCUGGAAGGUCUUAUUAUUGCGACAUGUUCAGCUGGGAACGUGGGAAAUCUUCUCCUUAUACUUGUCCCUGCAGUCUGCAAUGAAGAUAGAAGCCCAUUUGGGAACCGUGAUGUUUGCAACUCAGUUGGACUCUCCUAUGCAUCUUUCUCCAUGGCGCUUGGUGGUUUCUACAUAUGGACAAUCAGUUACCAAAUGGUAAAAUCUUCAGCAGUGAAAUCCAAAGCACUUGAAGCAGCUGAGGAAUUCGUUUCAAAAGUAGAAGCCAACAACAACUUGGAUGCCACCGCCCAAACUCAGCUUCUGAAAGAAAGAAAAGAGGAAGGUGCUAUAACAACAGUUGCAACAAAGGAAGUUGAAGAUCCAGAGCAACAUGCAAAUGUAUCACAAGAAAGUAGACCAAAGCAAGAAGGGAAGGGAUUGUUGUGGGUUAAUGUGGUGGCCUUUCUUCGUCAGAUCUUAAAAGAGCUGAUGGCGCCGCCGACACUUGGUGCAAUAGCGGGAUUCGUUUUUGGAGCGACGGUGUGGUUGAGAAAGCUUAUAAUAGGCGAGGGGGCUCCAUUACGAGUGAUGCAAGACUCAACAAAACUGCUAGGAGAUGCAACAAUCCCUUGUAUCACCCUCAUAAUAGGAGGCAACUUGAUAGGAGGAUUACGAUCGUCCAAAAUAAAACCAUUGGUAAUCGUAGGAGUGGUGUGUGCUCGAUACAUUAUACUGCCGGUUAUUGGUAUUUGGGUUGUUAAAGCUGCUGCCAAGCUUGGGUUCCUACCCUCCGACCCUUUGUUCAGCUACGUCUUGAUGCUUCAGUUUACUGUCCCACCUGCCUCCAAUAUUGGUACCAUGACCCAGUUGUUUGAUGUGGGUCAAGAGGAGUGUUCAGUUCUCUUCCUGUGGACAUACUUGGUUGCAGCUUUUGCACUCACUACUUGGUCAACAAUCUUCAUGUGGAUCUUGACCUGAUCAACACUCUUUCAUUUCAUGUUUCGACAUAGCAUAUAUAUAUAUAUAUAUAUAAUAAGUAUAAUUAAAUGUUAUUGGUUACUAUUAUAAAAUAUUAGUAUAAAUUAAAAGUGAUCUAAUUUAGUUAAAGUUUAUUAAAAUUUAAUUAAUAAAUAAAGUAUAAGUCAAAUAUGUGUAGAUACUCUCGUAACUUAUUUUAAUUGAUGAUGAACUGAUUAGAAGUUAA